CGUUUCGAAUCGCGCGGGCGUCUCGACAACACAAGUGAACGCGACUGUAAACAAGUGUUCGCCGGGUCUGUUUCGCGACGUUUUCUCUGUGUUUACGUUACGACGGGACGCAGUACAUACGAUGGGAGUCACCGUGCUACAACAGUUUCCGAUGACCGAGAACCGGACCGGCCCGCAGACGAUCGAGUUUCUCACGAAGAGAGUCGUCGCCCUUGGAGCGGUACAGGUGGGACAGUUCCUGGUGGAUUGCGAGACGUAUAUGUCGGUGCCGCAGCUUGGUGCUCAAAGGACCGUUCAUGUGCUGCACAAUUCGGAGCAGCCAGCCUCGGUAUUCGCUAUUUUAGAAUCGGGCAGCAAAGUGGUGCCAUUGAUAGCAGACGGCCUGUUCGAUCUGCUGAUGUUAAAAAUGACGAAUAUCUACACUAGUAAAAAGCAGACGAAGAUCGAGUCGAAGGGACCGCGCUUCGAGAUCGGCGACUUCUGCGUCAAAUUGGGCAGCGUGACGAUGAGUCAGAAUUUCAAAGGCGUCCUGGUGGAGGUCGAGUACAGACCGUGCGUCGUGCCAGCAGGUUCGUGGGAACUCAUGCGCGAAUUUCUGCAAGGAUUCCUGGGCUCGGCCGUGUCGAAUCAAGCGCCCCAGUAUCUCCAGAACCGAAUGAACGAAAUUUACCAGCCGAUGGAUACGAUACAUCAAUAUCUAGAGCAAUUUGGCCAAUAUAGGAAAGCCACAGGGGUAAAUUCGAACACUACAAUAGGAGAAAUUAAACAGCAAUUAUAUAAAUUAAAAAAGGCACCUUACGUUCAAAGGCAAAGUCUGAGAUUGGAAACGAAAGGAAAAGCAUUGUCUGAUUCGGAAACAAUUAAAUCUCUAUCACUAAAGCCAAGCGGAAAACUUUAUUACAAGGAUCUUGGUCCCCAAAUUGGCUGGAAGACUGUAUUUUUGUUGGAAUAUGCAGGACCAUUAGUAGUGUAUCUUUGGUUGUAUCAACGUCCAUGGUUGUUUUAUGGAAAUGUCAAUAUCAGCAAUUAUCACUAUGUAGCUAAUUGGGCAGCUGUCGGUUGGACAGUGCAUUAUGCAAAACGUCUACUGGAAACUCUGUUUAUUCAUCGUUUUAGUCACGCAACAAUGCCAUUGCGUAAUCUAUUCAAAAAUUGUUCCUAUUAUUGGCUAUUUGCUAUGUACGUAGCAUAUCAUACAAAUCAUCCAUUAUAUACAGCUCCCAGUGCUCUUCAAUUCUAUAUUGGAGCAGCGACCUUUGCGCUGUGUGAGCUGGGUAAUCUGAGCAUCCAUUUAGCUCUGAGGAAUUUAAGACCACCAGGUACCACGGUCAGAAAAGUUCCUAUGCCGACUGAUAAUCCUUUCACUGCGCUCUUCAAAUUCGUCUCUUGUCCCAACUAUACAUACGAAAUAGGCAGUUGGAUUGGUUUCACCGUAAUGACGUCUUGUCUUCCAGCUGGUCUAUUUACGUUUGCCGGCGCGUAUCAAAUGACUGUAUGGGCAUUAGGAAAACACAGAGCCUAUAAGAAAGAGUUCUCGCAUUAUCCGAAAAAUCGUAAAGCUAUCAUUCCAUUUAUUCUUUAAAUCAAAGCAUUUUGAAAUCUUAAGUUAUGUGAUGAUGAAAACUCUUAAUACUAUUCCAAUUUUUUAUUUUUUAAAUAAAUAUUAAUAAAUCUAUUUAUCUAUAAGUUACGAUUAUUGACUGUAAGGCAAACAGUAAUAUUAAAUUUCAUAAUGAAAUUUAUACGAGUAUAAAGGAGAUAUGUACAUUUUGGUUUCAAUUCAUUUUAUGUUGGUUUAUUUUGGUUUAUUUUUAUAUCAUCUUUUCAGAAUAUGUGGUUAACUAUCUUUCUUUUCCUAUAAUUAUAUAUAUUACGAUAUAUAAUGCUCUUUUACUUACUUUUUCUGAAUAAAAAAAAUAUAAUAUAUA